AUGCGAAUUCCGGUCGGAGCGCUGAGCUCCAGAACUACGGACAAGAACAAAGGAACCGCGAAGAGACACGCCCGCCUGCACCAGAAACUGCGCGAAGAACAUCACGACAGCCCGCCACUGAAGGCUCCUUCCCGCAGCGGCCAGGCGACCCUCCCAUCGCAGGAAUCCGUAAACGACAAGGAGCCCGACGAUCAGCAGCCACACCACCGGAGACAACCCCACCAGGUGCGGCCCGCCAGUCGCCGCGCCGCCGAUCAGCGGCCCCCCCAACGCCACGGCUAUCGCGCCUGCUGCAGCGACGAGGCCGUAGGCCGCCGGACGCUUCUCCGCCGGGAAGUUGGUGGCGACGAGCGCAACGAUCGCGGGCAUGAUGAGCGCCGCGCCGACGUCUUCGAGGAACGACCAACCGAUCAACAGGACCACGAGAUUCGGAGCGAGCGCAGUCGUCAGAGAACCAGCGACGCCAGAUCACCAAGCCGAAGUCGCCAUGACCAGGGUGUAGAGCGUGAUCGCGGUUUGAAUGCCGGUGAUGCUCGUGCCGACGUCCUCGGCGACGGUCGCCAUCGAAACAUUCAUGACCGAGCGUGUCCAGGGUCAUCGAACUGGCUGCUCGCCAACACCGCCGACUACGUCGCCGCGUUCCAGAGCGACCGCGAGCAGUUCCGGAAACGUCCGGCGUGCACGCAACGCGCCGGAAUCCCGAGGGGCACUCAGCGCCGCUGCAUGUCG